AUGGAGUGGCCAGAAACGAGGCAUUUGUCCCAGAGAUGUUGUCGGGUAAAGUCAGUCUACCGGCAAAUCGUCGGCGUCGGGCGCCUGCCCCGUGCGCCGCGGUGUCGGAGGCACCAGGGACCUGCUCUCAAGAAACCAUACAGCCCAAGAAUUAAAGUCUCCAAAACCUCAGUGGAUGGAGAUCCCCAUUUUGUCGUGGAUUUCCCCCUGAGCAAGCUCACCGUCUGCUUCAACAUCGAUGGGCAGCCGGGGGACAUCCUAAGGCUCGUCUCCGAUCACACGGACUCUGGCGUGACGGUGAACGGGGAGCUGAUUGGGGCCCCGGCGCCCCCAAGCGGCCACAAGAAGCAGCGCACCUACUUCCGCACCAUCACCAUCCUCGUCAAUAAGCCCAAGAGAUCUUAUCUGGAGAUCACACCCAACAGAGUCAUCUGGGACGGUGGGGAUAGGCUGGUCCUGCCCUGCAACCAGAGCACGGCGGUGGGGAGUCGGGGGCUGGAGGUGUCCGUGUCCGCUAAUGCCAACGUCACCGUUACCGUCCGGAGCACCAUUGCCUUCGUCAUCCUCAUUCACCUGUACAAAAAGCCGGCCCCCUACCAGCGCAACCACCUGGGUUUCUACAUCUCCAACAGCGAGGGCCUCUCUGGCAACUGCCACGGACUGUUAGGUCAGUUCCUGAACAAGGAUGCCAGCCUCACAGAGGAGCCUACUCACCCUGCGUUCCCGAAGGCAGGCGAGCAGUCUGAGACCUUCCUAAAGGUGAAAGGACACCAGGUCCCGGUGGUCUGGAAACAGCGGAAAAUCUACAAUGGGGAAGAGCAGGUGGACUGCUGGUUUGCCAGGAACAGCGCAGCCAAACUGAUCGACGGGGAGUACAAAGAUUACCUGGCAACCCAUCCUUUUGACUCAGAGACGUCGUUUGGCCUGGGACUCUCCAGGGGACUCUGACACCAGCAGCCUGAACGCACGAGAGCGUGACAGGGAAGUGGUCUCUGGGGUCCCCGCGGUGCGCUUCCUGUCGCUCACGCAUGCCUGGUGUCUUGGCAGUUAGCUGCCUCCAGUGACCUUCCCUCGGUGGCAUGUAGGCCCAGGGUCUGCUUGAGUGAAGGGUAGAGUCAGGACUCGGAAGCAGAAAUGUUAUUUCCUUCUACUUCCUGCUCCUGCCUCCCCCCUCCCUCUGUCCGGUAGAGAAAGAUGGUGGCCCCAAGAGGGAAAGCAAGACAUCUGCGUCUCGUUCCAACUGGCUUGUCUGUCUCCUAGCCUGUCAUAAGGUAACUGAUGAAGAAACAUUGCCACAAAGCUCCCUUUCUCUGGAAAUGACCAAGUUUGGGCACUCUGCUUUCCGCCUUAUUCUAAUGCUUAGCAAUCUCUCCUCUUAGAACUACCGUCUUCUCCAGAUGUGUGGCCAACCUCUGCCUCAGGGGGACCUCUCCUUGGGCCCCGGCCAUGGGUCAGGCAAAUAGCUCAUAGAUUUGAUCAUUGUAAACAAUUAAGUCUUUUCUUGGGAGAGGAUUUUCUUCCACUGUGAUAUCUUGCCCUUGAAAGUGAGUUUGCAUUAAAAAAAAAAAUUGGUUGAAAAUAGAAAAUCCUCAUCCCAGCUACCGAUGUCUAAUGGGCUUUGUAAACCACUUGACUGUGCUGAUGGGUAUUCUCCUAUUUAUUCCAGUAAAGCUAAUAAACAGGAGUACCCCAC